AGAUAGCUAUGCUAAAUGGGCUCAUUUGUAGACAACGCUGCCGUGUACUUCUUCGAGCAAUUGGAUCCUGACAAGACGGGACGAAUACUGGCUGUUGAUGCCGCUACUUUCCUCAGAUCUUCAGGGAUAGCGACGAGUGAUUUGGCCCUAAUAUGGGACCUGUCGGACAGAAACAAAGUAGGAGCUCUGGACCUGUUGGGCCUGUCAACUGCUAUUAAACUUGUGGCGUUAGUCCAGAACGGAAUACAGCCCACUGCUGAGAAUCUAAAAAUGAAUGUGCCAGCGGCAAAGUUUUCUGGAUACCCCUCCUUCCCGAGCAGUAGUCCCGGUACCCCUGACCGAGUGGGGACACCGCCCUCCCGCCCCUCUCGUCCUACUCUCCCUGCGAGGACGGGAAUUGAGCACAAGCAGAAGCCGGUUCGACCCUCCAACACUCCGCCUCAAAAACGGUCCAGCGUCCUUGAAAUGGACUUGAGUAGUCUGAUUGAGGUACCCAGCGGAUCUGUUCCAUCUUCCAUACGCAGUGGAGCGAACUCAAUCUAUCAUAGCCUGAUGAUAGUACCACGUGACCAGAAUACAGCCAAUCAGAGCCCAUUAAUUGUUCCACGAGAUACUAAACCAGUACCACGUGACACGAAUAAGAGCAGUGUAGUCGAGCCUUCCAGGGAUCCUCUCAUUAUGCGGUCUUACUUAGAUAAAAGUGGUGAGUCGUGGGUGGUGAGCCCCCAGUCACGUGCUCAGUAUGAGAGCAUAUUCCACAGCCUCAACCCCACCAACGGCAAGCUAUCAGGAGGGAAAGUGAAGCCUAUUCUGCAGAAAUCAGGUCUACACGUGGGCUUGUUAGGACAAAUCUGGGAACUGAGUGACGUAGACAGGGACGGUCACCUGGACAUGGAGGAGUUCAGUCUGGCAAUGUUCCUUUUGAACAAGGCACGGCAAGGUGAGAAGACCCCCACCUCUCUUCCCACCAACUACAUACCUCCCUGCCACCGUGUGGUUUAUACCAAGGUACAGAAAGUCAACUGGCUGGUCCCUAACCCUAUACGCAGAGUUGCUGCCGAUGAGUUUACUGUGGCUGACACACGCGGAUUAGGAGUGCUGACAGGAGCAGAUUUGCGGCCCUUGCUGGUCAGCAAAGGAGUUCCAAUGCUGGGUCUUGCUAAGAUCUGGGCACUGUGUGAUAUCACCAGCACCGGCAAACUAAACCAGGAACAAUACGCACUGGCCCUUCAUCUCAUCGAUCUUCACAAGAAAGGAACGCUACCUGAAGUGCUACCUAUUGAAUUAGUGCCCCCAACACUGCGAGCUGGGGGCGCAGGGGCUGGAACCCCGGCAACGUCAGCAGCAGCAGCAGCAGCAGUACCUGCCCCAGCAGCUGUUGGGGGAGCGGGGGUGUUGGGGUCCCCUCACCUACCCCCACGUGGUACUGCAACACUCCCCGCUAAGCAACCUCCUCCUCGUUUCAUCCAUGAUAAGACAGCAACAUUAGCACAAAGUUACACGCGUUCAGUUCCGAUCGCCGCCUCCACACCCAGUGUGCCGACACCCGCAACCAAAAACACUAGCACAGUCCUGUUGGCCGGUACUCGCAGCCCGUUCAGUGCCAGUUCCGCCAGUGUGCCCAGUACUGCUAGUAGUAUCCCUGACGAACUGGCUUCUCUUAACUUGGGCUCUGGCCUAGAUAAUGCCGACUUUUCUGUCAUUAAAGAGUUGGAUACUUACACCAAAGAAUCUGAUAGUUUAACAAAAGAAAAGAAAGACUUGCAAACAGAAAUAAAGUCAGCAGAGGAGGGUCUCAGUAUGGCAGGAGAAGAACUAAAAGACAUGAAGAAACAGCUAAGUUCUCUUGAGGAUGAAGUUGAACAGGCGAGGAAACAGAGGGAUGAAGUUCAAGCUAGGCUCGACGAAGCUGAUGCCGAAAGACGAAAGUAUGAGGAACUUAUAUCAGAGCUGCAUAAAAAAGCAUUAUAUGAGAGACAUCAGAUAGAAGGCUUACAGCAGCAGAUAGCAUCACAAGAUGCCCUCCGAAAAUCACAAGAGGAAGAACUCCAGAAAGCUAGAGAUGAGUUGCAAAAGCUGAGGCAAGAAGAAUCUCACUACCUUCAUUUGGUUGAAAGUGGGAAGAGGCAGCUCGACACAUUGAUAGCAAAUUUGAAGAUAGUUCAAAGCGAUACGAAUGUGACUCAAUCAAAGUUGGUGCAAAUCGAAGCAGCCCACCGAACGAUCGACAAAGCCUUGGCGGAAUUGGCGCCCUUUGGUAGACGAUAUGCUGGAUCUGAAGGAAAACCAUCAAUUCUCACCAAUAUUCACGAAGUGACCCAGCUGAGGCGUCAAGAACAAGACGUGACCCAGAUGUCAGACAUUACCCGGGCAACUGCUGGUAGUUCCCCGGUAUCCAGUAUGAGCGGGUUCAGUGUCGACAGUUAUAUGGAAACACACUACGAAGCCAAGACCGAACAAACGGUUCAGAACUCUAAUCCGUUUGGCCCACCUUCAAGUGAUCCCUUUCAAGCAGACGUGGACCCAUUCGGUGGAACAGAUCCUUUUAAAACGAAGCCGAGUGUGGGAUCGAGUAAAGAAAGUGAAAGUAGCGGAGUGAAUGAGGAACCCCAGGUACAGUCAGGGACCAACACGCCUCAAAUGAACAGACGAAAAAAGCAAAGUUCUGAGAGUGCAACUCUAAAAACUGAGGAAGAAAAAGACAGCACAUUUCCUGCCGGUGGAACUUCUAAUCCGUUCGAGAGUGGUGCAGAUCCAUUCAAAUCAAGCGAGUUUGAGCAAAAUCCAUUCGAAGGUAACCCUUUUCAAGAGGGGUCUGCGGAUAUUUUCGGAGCAGCUCCUAGUGAAGAUCCCUUUGGCAGUAAAAUGGAUCCGUCAGAAGACCCAUUUGCAACCCCUUCGACAGGAGAUCCUUUUGGGAAUUCUGGUAAUCAGGAUCCUUUUGGUGCUCACACAUUCGAUGAUCUCGACGAUCCUUUUAAAGAGAAAAACCUCUUUGCUUCUGAAGUUGACGCAUUUAAUACAAAUGAUCCGUUUGCAAAUACUCCUGACCCCUUUGCCGGGUCAACUGAUUUGUUCAAAGGUUCCAAUACAUCCUUGGCGUCGCGGGGAACGCGUGGUUCCAAAAACUCACUGAAUAAUUUUAAGAAUUUUGGAUCCAAAAACUCCCUUCAAGGGUCCAAAACGUCGCUGAAUGAAUCCAAUACUGCUGAUUCAUCACCUAAACUUCAAGUCAAAUCAGCGGACGAAGGAACACCCGAGGAGAAUCCAUCAACUGAAGUGACCAAGGCACCCCCUACAGAUGGUGCUUUCAACGACCAAUCUUCGAAAUCGGAUGAUCAAUUUGAGACCCCUGAUGAUACCCCCGACCCGUUUCCUGCUGGUGGUAAGGACCCCUUCUCCACUCCUAACAGCGAUCCUUUUACCAACUCUAAUACUGCUGCAGAUCCAUUUAAGAGCUCCGGGUUUGGAUCUGAUCCAUUCGCUACAACAAAUGGUCCAGAAAAUGACCCAUUUUCUUCAGCUAAUGCAGAUCCAUUCGGUAAUUCUUCUGACGAUCCUUUUAGGUCGGGUGGAGAUGCAAAUGAUCCGUUUGGAACAUCAUCUACGAACCAAUUUACGGCCAAAUUUGAUGACAACGAUCCUUUUGCAAGCUCGACCGCGGCAGACCCUUUCUCUGUCAACCAAAAAACAGGCGAUCCAUUUGACCCGUUUGCAGGGAAUGGAAGUGUUGAUCCACCUGACAGUCAGAGUGGCUUUACAGCUACUUUCUCCUAGUGACCUUAUCUACUUGUUUAUUUUAACCAUGUUAACAUUGACCACAUUUUGUAGAUUGUUUCUGUUUCAUGUGUUUAACUUCUAUCUAUUCAAAAAGGAGUCCAGUCUUUUUUUAACAUUUUACACUUCUGUUGUUGAUAUACAUAUGAUUGAGAAUGAAGCAUAGCAAAACUUUUUGAGUCGAAGAUGCCAAUCGCAACAUCGUAUUAAUUGGACCACUUCAACUUAUUGUCUAAUAUGAAACAAAUCUCUGAUGUUGAAAAGAUUUUGGAUUUUGGUAAUACAAAAACGGUUUAUGAUAGACUGGGACUGUCUUUUGGGAAUUUUAUACUUAAUUUGUGAAACUUCUCGUUUCUAUCAGGUUAGAAAUAACAUUAUUGAUAUAACGAUAACAUUUCAAUUCGAUGUUAUAGGAAAUAGGAAUUAUUGUUUUUAAUUGACGAUUUUUCAUGUUAUGCGUUCAAGUUUGACCGUUGAUAUUUUUAUAAAA